CUCAGCCUCCCGAGUAGCUGGGACUACAGGCGUGUGCCACCACACCCGACUAAUUUUGGUAUUUUUAGUAAAGACAGGGUUUCCCCAUGUCGGACAGGCUGGUCUCAAAACUCCUGACUUCAGGUGAUCUGCCCGCCUCAGCCUCCCAAAGUGCUGGGAUCACAGGCAUGAGCCACCGCCCCUGGCCAGAAAUGUCUUUUGACAAAGGGCCCAAUCCCCAGCCCCUGCUGUUCCCUGCAGGAGCUGACUCAGUGCUCUCCUGACUGAGAGUCCCAUGCCUAUAACCUGCUACCCACGGACAAAGAGAGGCCAUCAGGUACCCGGGCUUCACUUUCCCUCCCACUCCCUGACCUCGCUGGCCCCUCCAGCAAUGCCUGGCCCACCCCUACCAGUUCACAGACCCUGGUACAGGGACACUGCACCAAUAUCUUGGGACAAACACCCUCUCUGCCGAGCCCCCUCCCUUUCACUGGGACUCCUCUGUCAGGCCCCAGCUGGCCUCCCGGCUCCACCCUCACCUCUCCAUUCCCUUGUCCUUGAAGUGGCCAGAGUGAUCUUUUGCUGAGCAGAAGCUCAGUGACCACCCCCCAACCCCAUAUCACCCAAGCUCCACAUUAAGCCUACAGACACCAGGCCUCUAGUCCUCGCUCUCAAACCAUGCGGCAGCCGUGGCCAGCACGUGAAGGGCUGGAACGCGUCUUGGCCGCAGGCCUUGCCCCACUGUGCCCUGUGCUUCCCUGGAUGCUUCUGGGGACCCAAUUUCUCCUGGUCUCUCAUGAUGCAGCCCCUGGGUCACAGGCCCCUCAGUCACCACCGCACUUAUGGGGAAGUGGCUAUGGGCUUGCUUGUCCCCAGCAGCGAGCAGCUUCCUGCUGCCUCCCUCAUGUCUGGCUAUGGAGCAGCCCACGGCAGGCACCUUGCAAAUGGUGGAGAGGAAGAGCAGGCGCUGGGAGCCAGAGUGCCAGGCAGCGUCGCAGGAGCAGGUUCUGGGCUGGCAAGCUCCCAAGCCUCCCCUCAGCAGGCCUGUUGCCUCUGCUCACAGGCCUCCUGCGGGCCCGAGUCCUCAGGCUCCGAACUAGCCCUGGCCACACCAGUGCCUCAGAUGCUGCAGGGCCUUCUGGGCUCCGACGACGAGGAACAGGAAGACCCCAAGGACUACUGCAAGGGCGGCUACUACCCUGUGAAGAUCGGCGACCUGUUCAAUGGGCGGUACCACGUGGUGCGUAAACUGGGCUGGGGCCACUUCUCCACCGUCUGGCUCUGCUGGGACAUCCAGCGCAAGCGCUUUGUGGCCCUCAAAGUGGUGAAGAGUGCAGGCCAUUACACGGAGACAGCUGUGGAUGAGAUCAAGCUCCUGAAAUGCGUCCGGGACAGCGACCCCAGUGACCCCAAAAGAGAGACCAUUGUCCAGCUCAUUGAUGACUUCAGGAUCUCAGGAGUCAAUGGAGUCCAUGUGUGCAUGGUGCUGGAGGUGCUGGGCCACCAGCUCCUCAAAUGGAUCAUCAAGUCCAACUACCAGGGCCUGCCCGUGCCCUGCGUGAAGAGCAUCGUGAGGCAGGUGCUGCACGGCCUGGACUACCUCCACACCAAGUGCAAGAUCAUCCACACGGACAUCAAGCCCGAGAACAUCUUGCUGUGUGUGGGGGAUGCUUACAUCAGGCGCCUGGCCGCCGAGGCCACGGAGUGGCAACAGGCAGGGGCGCCGCCCACCUCCCGCUCCAUAGUCAGCACUGCCCCCCAGGAGGUCUUGCAGACGGGUAAGCUGUCCAAAAACAAGAGGAAGAAGAUGAGGCGCAAACGGAAACAGCAGAAGCGGCUGCUGGAGGAGCGGCUGCGGGACCUGCAGAGGCUGGAGGCCAUGGAGGCCGCCACCCAGGCUGAGGACUCUGGCUUGAGACUAGACGGGGGCAGCGGCUCCACAUCCUCUUCAGGCUGCCACCCCGGGGGCGCCAGAGCAGGUCCCUCCCCAGCCUCUUCCUCCCCCGCCCCGGGGGGCGGCCGUAGCCUCAGCCCCGGCUCACAGACCUCAGGCUUCUCCGGCUCCCUCUUCUCUCCUGCCUCCUGCUCCAUCCUCUCCGGCUCGUCCAAUCAGCGAGAGACCGGGGGCCUCCUGUCACCUAGCACACCAUUCGGUGCCUCGAACCUCCUGGUGAACCCCCUGGAGCCCCAAAAUGCAGAUAAGAUCAAGAUCAAGAUCGCAGACCUGGGCAACGCCUGCUGGGUGCACAAGCACUUCACGGAAGACAUCCAGACUCGGCAGUACCGGGCCGUCGAGGUGCUGAUCGGAGCCGAAUACGGCCCCCCGGCAGACAUCUGGAGCACAGCCUGCAUGGCCUUCGAACUGGCCACUGGUGACUACCUGUUCGAGCCGCAUUCUGGAGAAGACUACAGUCGUGAUGAGGACCACAUCGCUCACAUAGUGGAGCUUCUGGGGGACAUCCCCCCAGCCUUCGCCCUCUCAGGCCGCUAUUCCCGGGAGUUCUUCAACCGGAGAGGAGAGCUGCGGCACAUCCACAAUCUCAAGCACUGGGGCCUGUACGAGGUACUCAUGGAAAAGUACGAGUGGCCCCUAGAGCAGGCCACACAGUUCAGCGCCUUUCUGCUGCCCAUGAUGGAGUACAUCCCCGAAAAGCGGGCCAGUGCCGCUGACUGCCUCCAGCACCCCUGGCUCAACCCCUAGGCCCGGCUACAGCUCCACCUCCAGCUCUCCGUGCCUUAAGGGAAAAGCGGGACAGCUCCCGCCACCCUACUGGGCGCCAGUUCUCCACAACCACAGGGCAGAGACGCUGGAGCCAGGCCUGGCUCUCAAGAGCGUGUUCUGCCUGAGACCCCCGUGAGGGCUCUCGGAGAAAGUGUGUGUAUUCCUUUCUUAAUAAAGUGUGGACUGAA